CAAAGUCAAAGAGUGAUGAUGUCCAGCAGCGGAGUGGAACCAGCAGCUCAGAGCCCGCUGCUCUCCUCCAGCUUCUGUCUCGGCUCGUGGUCGUGUGCAAAGGGCUGGUCGGACGCCAUGUGGGACGGCCUCCCCGACCCGCUGCUGACCGCCGCCCCCCGAGGCUCCGCCCCCGAGCCCUGGCUCCUCCCGGGCUGCAGCUCUGUCUUCGACAGUCUGGUCAGUAACGCGUCUCCGGCCCCGUCUCAUCCUGCUGUCGGCGGCCUGCGAGGACGAGACCGAGCUGCCAGCAACAAAACCUGCAGGUCCAACUUCUUUAUGCCGUCCAUCUUAGAACGUUGUAUCCUUAAAGUGUCCACCAGCAGCGUUGCCGUGGGGACGGACGAUCUGGACAACAAGAGGUCCCCCUACGACCGGUGCUACCCGGUCCUGCCGGACCCGAACAGCACGGAGACUAACGGGGCGGUUCUGAAGCGCCGGCAGAAACAGAUCCAGUACGGAAAGAACACCAUCGGGUACCAGAACUACCUGCAGCAGGUCCCCAGGCACCUGAGGGACGCUAAGCUCCACCCCUCUACUCCCAACAAGUACCGGAAGUACAGCCGGCGGUCCUGGGACAUGCAGGUGCGUCUGUGGAGACGAGCGCUGCACCUGUGGGACCCGCUGAGCGACGGCCAGCCGGACGGAACCAACGCACCGGACCCAGUGGAGCAGCUGCAGAACCAGCUGGCGAAGAUGACCUCUGACCUGUGUGAGGACGGAGGAGACAAGCAGAGAGAGAAGGAGACUCCAGCAGCCUCUAAAGCCUCCUCUGUGUCUCCUCUGUCUGCUGGGAUGUCUCUGGAACUGCCUGGACCCUGGAACGUCCCACUGUCUCUGGAGGCCGAGAGGAACCACAGGACUCUUCGUUCUCCUCCUGGAUUCAGCUGCUCCUUCAGGAGGCAGAUCACCUCCAGCGACAACGUGACCGACUGGCUCCGCCUCCUGCUGGAGGCCGACCCCGGACCAGACUCUGAUGACCAGCAGGUUCCCGUCUUCUCCGAGCAGCUCUCGUGGAACCCGUACUGAACCACCUGAAAGAACGACGGAGGGAGUCCGAGUACAGCUGCUGUGUUUUCUAUCGUGCGGUGCGGUUUGUCUUUUUAAGAUGCUUCACUAGUUACUUUAACGACAGCAGGGAUGUGAUUGGUCCUGAUCCACGAGGAGGGCUGCGACCUGAAGAGAACCCGAGAGGAACCGCCUCCUCUCAGCUGAACGCUUGACCCGAGCAUGGAACUAUAGUUUACACUUUAUGUCUAUUUCUGUUGGAGCACUGUUCACCUGCAUGUGUUUAGCUGUAGGAGUCCUGCACUGAUGGAGAUGCUGUUUGUUUUGUACCUGGAGUCACUUUAUUGAUCACGUUGUCGCCUCUCUGCAGGCUGUUGUUGUCACUUCAUGCUCUGCUGUCUGGAUCGGGCUCCAGCUUGUCCUGUCUUCAUUGGGGGGGGGGG